AUGGACUACCCACGGUUAACAGUUGCCGAAGUGAGCGAAUCCUUACAGCGCUUUGGCCUGGUAGACUAUAUCGUUUUUAUCUGCAGUCUUCUGGUAUGUGUGGUGAUUGGCCUAUUUUUCGGCUGGAAAGAUUGGCAGAACCAUCGCGCCCGCAAGCGGAGUGUACGCCGCGGGUCGGAGGCGUUAAACUACCUGGUCGGUGGUCGAAAGAUGCAGAUCUUUCCCGUGGCGAUGUCUCUGAUCGCUAGUUUCAUUUCGGGCAUCGCAGUCAUGGGCGCGUCGACCGAAACGUACCUUUACGGUACGCAGUUCUGCUACAUUUUCACAGCCAUUAUUGCGAUGGCGUUCAGCAUGAAUUACAUAUUCCUGCCCGUUUAUCAAGGAUUGGAGAUCACUUCCGCUUACGGGUACCUGCAGCUACGUUUCGACAGACGGUUAAGAUUACUGGGCUCUGGAUUGUUCACACUGGCGACGAUUCUUCACCUGCCGAUAGUGAUUUACGUUCCGGCUUUGGCGUUCAAUCAAGUGUCCGGAGUGAAUGUGCACAUAGUUUCGACGAGUGUCUGCAUGGUUUGUAUCUUCUACACGCUGGUGGGAGGCAUUAAGGCGGUAGUCUGGACGGAUGUUAUCCAAAUGUUCAUUAUGAUCGGUGCGCUCGUACUGAUCGUAGUUAAAGGAACAGCCGACAUCGGGGGUUUAGGGGUCGUGAUCGAGCGGAAUAUGGCCAGUGGAAGAAUCGAACCACCGAAUUUCAGCGUCGAUCCUACACAACGGCACACAAUAUGGGCGAUCUUUAUCGGCGGGGGAUGCUUUUGGAUCAGUAAGAACGCCAUUCAUCAGAUGAUGAUACAACGUUAUCUGGCACUGCCGAGCUUCCGGGAUGCCCAGAAAGCCCUGCUCUGUUUCACGGUAGGCAUCAUUAUGCUUCUGAUGACGUGCUUCUACAAUGGGCUACUGAUCUACGCCACGUUCUACGACUGCGAUCCACUGACGACGGGACUGGCGAAAGCGAAAGAUCAGCUAUUGCCGGUGCUGCUGAUGAAAGUGCUCGGUAGCUAUCCGGGCCUCCCGGGUCUAUUUAUUUCCGGAAUAUUCAGUGCAUCUCUUAGCUCUCUAUCCACCGGUCUAAACUCACUUUCGGCCAUCGUGCUGGAGGAUUUUGUAAAGCCUUACUCACGCAAGCAGUUGAGCGAACGGUGCACUCGCUACAUCAUGCGCGGAACGGUGCUGGUUUUCGGAAUAGUGGCCGUUGCUCUGGUGCUAGUAGUGGAGCAUCUCGGCACUGUGUUGCAGCUCUCCAUGAGCCUCAUACCGAUUUCGUUGGGCCCUCUGCUUGGAUUGUUCCUGAUGGGCAUGUUACUUCCUUGGGUUGACUCACUGAGUGCACUCGGAGGAGCAGUAAGCGGACUGCUAACCAUGGCUUACAUUGUGAUCCGGGCACAGGUCGCAAUCGCAGCCAAAGAGAUAGUGUUCCCCACGAAGCCCGUCUCGAUAGAAGGAUGCGAGUAUGACUUCAAUCUUCCGCCGGCGUACAACGUGACCGUUCCGUCCACAGGACACACCGCGAGUAAAUCGCUGCAUCAUGUUUCAUUUCUAUUUUACACCUUCAUCGGGGCAUCGGUAACACUGAUGCUAGGUUCGCUCUCGGCGACCAUUCUUCGGCGUCAGCAAUCGAACAAGCUCGACCCAAUGCUGUUGGCACCGUUCGUUAGAAAGCUGUAUUUUCCGCAAACCUGCCCAACUGUGGCGAUUCACAAGUCAAAUAAAGAAGACACUCAGCUGUAG